GUAUCUCAUACUCAUAAUAGCCCACUCUUCUCUUGUGCGGUUGUACUGUCAUUCUCAGCAGAUUACUCUCUACAAUCCACAAGAGCAGCAGAAUGAAAGUAUAAUGGAUGGGAUGUGGUUUGGGUUCAGCUGCUGUCACCUUACAUAAAGGAGCUAGAGAUUCCGACCCCCAGCCUCCUGGUUUGUAUUCAGGCUAACAGAGGGUACAGCCACCUGCAAGAUUGCCAGAUUGACCUCUCUAACAUGAAAGUGAUGCAAAAGCAGUUUACUGUCCAGUAGAUUAUUAUACUACUGGAUCUGGGAAUUACCCGCCCACUGUGAUUCAGCAUUUAAUACUUCCCAGAGUAUGAGUCAUUUAUCAGCACUUUAGAAAACCAGCAAUACCCCGAUAGGAGAUCUGAGGCUGCCUUCUCUAUAUUACCAGCUGAACUAGCUUUCCUCUGGGUUCUGAUAUGACAUUUCUGUGGACUUUUUUGUGACCCGCCUAGCUUUUCAUUUUCUGAAGUUUGUAAAUGGGAGGUAGUGGCUCUAGAGGUGGAGAAUUACUAAUUCCAUCCUUAAACACAAUGGGAAUGCCCAUGGUAAUUACAGUCCUUAUCACGCAUAAUUAGAGAGCCACUAAAUUCAGCUACACAGUGGUGACCUCAUUCCUCGUUGUGUAGCUAUUAGAAUGAUACUGCACUGCAACGAUGGUGUCCAAAUCACAUUAAAGACCAACUGAAACUAGAAGAUCAGAGCAUCCUUUACCUUUAAAGAAGAUAGAACUAACCAGUUCCAGCGAAUCUCACCCACGAUGAUGAUAAUAAUCCUAGGUCUUGUAUGCACAUGUUAGAAGAAAUUAUGUUUUAAAGUUAAUAAUAAACAAAAAUGUACACAUUGCUAUAAAGUUUUGGCUUGCGUCAUGGUGGGGUUUGAUAGAGAGGAAGGGGGCUGCAGUGUAAACUCCCCUGGCCAUGCUUUUGAGAGUGGUCACCCCUUCACAUUGACACACCUUUGAAUGUCUCCUUCUGUGCAGCAGUCUUAAGAGUGCAGUUUGAUGAAGGUACUGUUUCAGUUGCAAACCAUUGCGUCAACUUUAUUUUUUUUUGUCUCGUCAAAGUGAACGUUUCCCCUUUUUUUCCCAAUCUUGCUAUUCACACUCAUCAACAGGAAGGGUUGGCAAUUGAGAUAGAGGGGCUUUGUACGGCCAGUUUCACUUCACUUCAGCAUUUCAUGAUGCUUUUUGCCGCAAUUUUAUUUUUGCUCUACUUAGCAGAUUCCGGAUCAGAAGCCCCGUACAGGGUGAUCAACGGCAUGGAAGGGCAAGGAGUCCAAAUCGCAUGCGAAUACAAAGCGGCUCUUAGACCUCCGACCAUAGCGUGCUGUAAACUGAUAACUGAACACACAUGUAAGCCCACAGUGAGUGGUUCUGCACAUGUGACAGGAAGUAAGGUUAGACUGUCGGUGUAUCUUGGACACCUGUCUGAAAGGGACUCUGGGGAAUACUGGUGUGGAAUCUGGACUCUAGACGGCAGCCCAAAUGUAGAGUACGUUGCGGAAAAAAUCCUUCUUCGAGUUUUGAAAGGAAUUCCUUCCGGUGUUCCCAGAGAACACAUCCCUCUAGUUAACCUCACUGCUGAGUCUGCCCCUGAACAGAAAAGCAACAUCAGUCUCUGGAAUAUCAUCCCCCUGCUUGUAGCCACAGUCAUGCUCAUUCCAUUCCUGAUCUUCGCUAUUUCCAUUAGGAGACUCAGGAGAGCAAGGGAAGCGGGCAAUACAGAAACUGUUCAGCCCCCUCCCCAGGAUUCCAUUACGAUGUGCAAGUUUUCUAGCGGAACCGAGACUACGGAAGAUGACAUCACUUACGCAGUUCUGACGCUGCAUUCUCCGGCUUCACCAGCAGAGAGCAGCAACGCCAACAUGCAGCAAAGACAGAGCAGCGACCAGCCCCAUCAGCAAACAGAGACUGUGGAGUACUCCUCCAUUGUGUUCUAGACUGGCCAAUAGGACUGGGUCAAUUCAAACUUGAAGCCAAUUUAAAUGAUUGAAAAUGACUUUGAUUUAAGUAAUGUGUUGUCGCUGUAAGAAGAUUGUUUCAAUACAAUACUGCAAACAGCACUUUUGAUCAAUGGUAUCAGAAAUUGAUUAUAAGGGAAUGGGAUUGGUGAAAAAAAGGAAUUGACCCCAACCUUGCUGAUAAAGCAGUGGUAAUCAAUAGAAAAAUGCAUAUUUCCCCAAUUAUAAUAGUAUCCUUUAACAGACAGAAGAACACUUUUUUUGACUAAUGCAAUUGUCCUCUUCUUCAAAAUAAAAAAAAAAAUAUAUGAUUAAUGAAAGCAGGAAGGCUACAUUCUAAAAUAAUAACAGAAUUAAAAGACAAACCUGAGGCAAAAAGCCUGAUGUCUGUUUAAAAUUGUUUUGGCAGUUGAACUGACACACAUCUGCCCCUUACUCUGCAUGGACAACAAGUUCCAUUCAUUCAAAGGUAAACCUAACUCAGGUGAAUUCAUUUACAGGGAACAUCGAAUACAAACUAGAAAGAGCACAAAGCAUGGAAAAAUAAAGUGUUUUCACUUUGUUUAUUAUUUAUACAGAAAUAAACAAUUGUAAAUGCAACAUAAUCAAAUCAGCCCUAUUCUUAGUUUGUACUACGCACUAGGUUGGAUGUAAAAUAAUAAAAAAAAAAAAAUACAUUCAAAUAAAAAAAAUGAAAAAAUCUGAAAAGGAAGAAGAAUGGUGACUUGCACAUAUCUUCUGCAAGGCAAUCUCUGAUGUUACUUGUAUUGCUUGAGUGAAUACACCCUCUUGUGGUGUAAAUGAGACAGCUACAGUACGGGACUUCCAAAACAUUAAACAUUUUUUUGUCACCUUGGUUUUAGUCAGUUUAAAAAGGAGUUGCCAUAGAUUGUAAAAAAAAAAAAAAAAAAAAAAAAAAAAAACAGCAUUUUACUUCUGAACUGAUUUGUGAUUUUUAGACUGGUUUCACAGUCUGAUUAUUACCAAUCCUGUUUUGAGUAGAGUUACGCAGUGAUGUAAGCAUUAAUACAUCAUAUGCCAUAAGUAACUAAAACACCCAAGUCUAACAGUAUUUUAACACAUCAGCCUCCCUGCGCACGGAUUAGAAUCUGCUCUGGUUACUGGUCUGCAGGUUCAGCGGUACAUUAUAAUCGCUUUUCCUUGAGCAGAGUGUUUCAGGCAGUAAUGCGUUGUUACAAAAAGGCUGGGUUUAAUGAGGAGGAAAAAACACAUCAAUAAACGUCAGUGACCUAUAUUUGAAAUGGUACACACACUGUAGAUUAACAAAUAUUUGAACAACCAAUUAACAUUGUUGAUACAAUCUAGCUUAUCUUAAACUACUACACACAGAGAGACAGUACAACAGGAGGCUGUGUUGUCCAGUAGUUAAAGGAAACGGCCUUGUAACCAGCAGGUCCCUGGUUCGAAUGC